AUGACUUCAAACAAUUUAAAUUAUUCCUUUUCAGCUUUGGACAGCUUGACAAAGAACACAAAAAAACAAAAACAAAAAAAAAUCAAAAAUCAAAAAACAAAAAAAUCGACCGAUUUGGACAUCCUGCAGAACCUGGGGAAGGUAGACCGUACAGCUGACGAUAUUUUUGACGAGCACCUGCAGAACUUCACGCGCCAGCAGAAUGCGGCGAACCGCCUGCAGAAGGACUUCAACAACUACAUACGCUGCAUACGAGCGGUGCAGACGGCGAGCAAGACGCUGAUGGACACGCUCAACGAGGUGUACGAGAGCAACUGGGUGGGCCACGACCUGCUCUACGUGCAGGCGCAGAACGUGGAGAUGCUGUGGCAGGACUUCAGCCACAAGCUGGGCGACCAGGUGCUCAUCCCGCUCAACACCUACCAGAGCCAGUUCCCGGAGAUGCGGAAAAAAAUUGAUAAAAGAGGUCGCAAACUUGUGGACUAUGACAGCCAGAGACACAACUUCCAAUCCCUUCAGAACAAUCCAAAGAAACGUGAUGAAGUGAAGGUGACUCGUGCACGUGAGCAACUGGAAGAAGCAAAGCGCACUUAUGAAGUGCUGAACAGUGAGCUACAUGAUGAACUGCCUGCACUUAAUGAUUCGCGCGUGCUCUUUCUCGUUACAAACCUGCAGACUCUCUUCUCUGCUGAACAAGUCUUCCAUGCAGAAACUGCCAAGGUAUACUCGGAACUGGAAGCGAUUGUUGAUAAACUUGCAUCUGACUGUCAACGAGGGUCUUAUACUCUGAAGAAAACAUCACCUAAGUCUCCCAAGUCUCCCACUGGAAACAACAACUUGAUUAAGAGUGUGCCAUCAUCUCCAACUGCUGUUCCAGCGGAGACUACCCCUAACACAUCUCCUCAUGAGCCUUCCACUCCUCCAUUACCUAAAAGUCCUCCUCCUAAUAACAUCACAGCUGAGCCUGCCCCACUUCCAGUCUCAGCCCCUGCCCCAGCUCCAGCCCUCACACCAGCUGCGAAACCCCCGUCCCCUGAGCCAACCACUCCCACCAACCAGCAACCCAGUCCCCCUCCCACCCAGGUAAACGGUAACAGCAAACUGCCUAGCCCAGCGUCUCCCAAUAACAACACGCAUGUGGAGGAACUGUAUGAUAUUCCUGUGGGUGCCACCACGGAUAAUCUGCCUCCUGGAGUGCUCUACAGAGUUAAAGCCACUUAUAAGUACAAUCGUGAAGAUACAGAUGAACUAUCAUUUGAUGUCAAUGAAAUCAUCCGGGUUGUCGAAUAUGAUGAUCCUGAGGAACAGGAGGAAGGCUGGUUGAUGGGUGUGAAAGAAAGUUCGGGAGAGAAGGGUAUGUUCCCAGCUAACUUCACACGACCUCUGUGAGGUGCCAUGCUACGCAACAUGCACCAGCUCAUGCCUUGGCCACCCGCGGACCAUCCCACCAGCCAGCAGACGACCCGUAUCUAAGGAACUGAGCCUGGUUUUGAGGAUUGUUGAGUGUCUCCUUGUUCCACUUCUGAGAGCGCAAGAGAACUGGUGUGCCGAGCCGCUCAGUGGGCCGGGCCGCUUUGCUCCGCCCCAUCUAGUUUGCCUGUAGCAGCUGUUUCUUAGGUUAUAACCUCGGUUCGGACAGACGGUAGUCUAGAUGGCAUGUCAAGUCCCCCUCCGUGACCUCCUUUACUGGUAGGACCUAAGCUCAUGACAUCCCAGUCAUGUUACAAGACGUUUGUGUGUGUGUGUGUAUAAAGUAGUUUUCCCUGGUAGUUGACCUGCACCAUAACCUGCGGUCAGGGAGACGGCAUGCUAUGCAGAGGAAGACCCAUACUGGUAGAGGUGGCUGCUUUCUGCCAUUUGCCUGCUCUUUUCUCCUGACCAUUUUCAAGUGCCUUUAAGGGUAAAGAACCAAUGAGAAACAUCUCUUCCCUGACUUGCAAUAGAAUUAAACCCUAGUCUCAUCCAGAAUCACAAUAAGUUUAUUUGCCUAAUCUCAAUGUAGAGGAGGAAUUCAUCUCAGUUUUUGUAGUCGGCACUUGGCUGCCAGCAUUUGGUGCUUGCUGUGAAGUUCACGACUGCAAAAUUCACCCUUGGAGCCAGCACUCGGCAACACAAGUAGAGCCUGCUGCCCACUGUGGGGUGUCCAAGGGAGUACAAUCUCCCCAUGCUGUGCUGCUGAGUCUUCUUUGAGUUUGUCCUUGCACUGAAAAGUGCUACACAGUAAAUGUUAUGUGCUGUCCUGUGCUGUUUCUACACUAUGCCCCAGCUGCCAACUGCCAAAACCACAUAAACAGCUCAGCCACCCCAGGCCUGGUUGUAAACUUGUGUUGCCGAAUGCAUGGUGGCAGAAAAAAAAAGCAGACAUUUUCUUGUUUUGAGUUUGAACAAUGCAUGUAAGUGCUAGGAAGGAAGGAUAUUGGCCACCAUGCAUGUUUAUUCAAUAUCUGGACCAAAGACCAUCUUGGGGAUUAGAGCUUUGAGUUCAACUGGUUUAUGUGGAUUUUUAUUUUUUAUGUAUGUAUUUUAGAUGUGGAAGAACCCAUUGCACAUGUAAAGAAAUUCAAGAAGAAAGCAAUGGCCUAAUCUAUAACCAGCCCUACAGUUUGAUGCUUGUAUAACAGAUAGGAACAGGCAGACUAUGAAGCAACUUAACAAUAUUUGUGCAGAAUACAUUUUUAUUGUUUUACAAAAUCUUAUAAGCAGUGCCUCAUUGUUUUUAUUGUUUUGUGUGCCAACUAGCUAAAUAAAUAAUUAAAUCUGUAAAUGAAGUAUCUGAUGUGGUUGUACAGAAUUUAAUUUCAUGAUAUAUUCUGUCCAUUUGUCAUUGGCUUAUAUAGAUAUAUAAGAAGAAUGCAUGUGUGUCAAUGAGUGUGUGUAAAUAUAUGUAACAUUUUUAGUAUUUUUGAAAUUUGGAUCAGGUUUAUCAGCAAUAAUGUGGAGCUUGUACAGUUGUGCUUGCAAGACAGGGGACUGAGAGCCGAAAUCCAUCAUUCUUCCGUUUUCAUCUAAGUGAUUAAAAAUACUCAUUAUUUGGAUUAUAUUUUUGAACGACUCAUGAGGUGUAACUGUUCAUAAAUUAUUAUGCAGUUAAAUAGUGUGCUGCUAUUUUUGAGAAUCUGUUGUUGUUGUUAUGCGUGCACCGAGAGCGUAUGCUUGCUGUUGACUCGGUGUGUGUGGGGCAUUGAGGAAGAAUUGUAUGUAUAUGUUAUCACCAUCAGGUUCUAGAAAUGUUUGUCUUGAAACAAGGAAUGUUGUAUUUGUUUUGUUUUAUAAAGAAUAUAGGUAUGCAGUAAGUUUUUGUUACUUGUGACCACAAGGGAAACCUAGUGUUAUUGUAAUUAAUUAUACAUAUUUUGUUGAAAUAAGAAAAUGAUACUCUUUUCUUUUUAUUAUCCAUCUAAUGUAUUUGUUGAAUGCAUAUGAAAGACUAAAUAUUCGUAUUUUAGGAAAUUUAUUUCUUUCAUUGCAAUGUUAUAAGUUUAUUAACUGAAACUUUUGAUACAUUAAUUUGUACAAUCCUCUUCAGGGGUUUCUUUCUGCUUUUUAUUUCUUAUUGAGCCUCUGUUACAUUACAGUGUAUCCUAUUCAUAUAAAGUUUAAUGGUUUUGUUCUUUUAACUUGUAAUGAUUUUUGAUAUCUUUUUGAGUUAUAAUGAAAUUAAACAAAUGGGUGAAAUGGAUGAAUAUAAAAUGAUAAUCUGGUGCUACAUCUUGAAACUAAACAUAUAAUACCACUAAUUGCAAUGAAAGGUGUUAAAAGUUGAUGAGUAAUUUUCAGUAAAAUAUAUUCAAGAAUUAAAUUGUGAAGCAGGAAAAUUUUAAGUAACUUUAUAAGUGUACAGUUUUUACAGUAAUUUUAAAUAAAUUCGUUACAUAAAAUCAAGACGUCACAUGCGUAAAAUUUGUCUUCCCUUUCCUAAACAAAUUUAUCUUAAGAACUACUCUAGAUAAAAUCAGUCUGUUUUAGGAAGCUUACAAAUGAAAUUGUCAUGUAUUUGGUUCACUCUACCCAAUUUUCAUUUUGGAAAAGUUAUGCAGAAAGAGAACAGUCACCAAAUACCUUUAUUACUUUCACACAGCUUUUCAGUCACAUCAUAUCAACUCAAACUGAAGUGGGGAACAUCCUGCAAGGAAGAAUGUUUUCUUUUUGAGUAAAUAGUUUCUUAAGAAUAUGACGUCAUGUGGCAACAUAGUUUUCAUAAUUGACCUAAAUAGUUACUGAAUAAAGUUACACUUGUGAAAUUUUGAAUUGCCACAGGAGGCAGACAAACAUUUUUGCACCCAGAUUAUAGGUAUUUUUAACUAAUGUAAAAUUUAAUUUUAUGAAUGUGUAUUAUCCAUAUAUGUAUUGUGUACAACUUCAUAAGAACAAUUUUCCCUGAAAUAUGAAAAAACUAAAAUAUUUUUUAAAUGUAUUGACUUAUAGUUGAAAUGUAUGAUAAAUGACCAGAAAUAUAUUGUUGAUUUGUUGAUGGUGAUGAUCAGAGAUUAUAAAAAUAGAUAAUGAGCAUAUUGAAUUGAUAUGAUAUACUGCAGGUUAUCUUCUCUGAUAAUUGCAGUUAAAUUAAGAAUCAUUAUAGAAAAUAUACAAGAAAUUUAUUUCUUUGAUUAAAUAAGUUUUUAUCACACACAACUUAGACCAUUCUUAACCAAAACUGCCCAUCAUUUAUUAGGUACAAUUUUCUAGGUUUUUUUUUUCUGUUAUACAAGAGGCCAACCAAGUGGAGAA